AUGAACAUGAUGACAGAGAGGAGGAUGAUGGAAGUGGACAUGAGGACAGAGAAGAAGAUAGUGGAAGUGGACAUGAGGACAGAGAAGAAGAUAGUGGAAGUGGACAUGAUGACAGAGAGGAGGAUGAUGGAAGUGGACAAGAGGACAGAGAAGAAGAGUGGAAGUGGACAUGACGACAGAGAGGAAGAUGGUGGAAAUGAACAUGAUGACAGAGAGGAGGAUGAUGGAAGUGGACAAGAGGACAGAGAAGAAGAUAGUGGAAGUGGACAUGAUGACAGAGAGGAGGAUGGUGGAAAUGAACAUGAUGACAGAGAGGAGGAUGAUGGAAGUGGACAUGAGGACAGAGAAGAAGAUAGUGGAAGUGGACAUGAGGACAGAGAAGAAGAUAGUGGAAGUGGACAUGGUGACAGAGAGGAGGAUGAUGGAAGUGGACAAGAGGACAGAGAAGAAGAUAGUGGAAGUGGACAUGACGACAGAGAGGAAGAUGGUGGAAAUGAACAUGAUGACAGAGAGGAGGAGGAUGGAAGUGGACAAGAGGACAGAGAAGAAGAUGAUGGAAGUGGACAUGAGGACAGAGAAGAAGAUAGUGGAAGUGGACAUGAUGACAGAGAGGAGGAUGAUGGAAGUGGACAAGAGGACAGAGAAGAAGAUAGUGGAAGUGGACAUGACAACAGAGAGGAAGAUGGCGGAAAUGAACAUGAUGACAGAGAGGAGGAUACACCCAUAAUGUAUUUGCUGUGCAUCCCCAAUCACUGA